AUGUCGAGCCGCCAUGUCCCAAUCAAACGUCUUCCAUCUGGUGUGCUAAUCUCAGCCCCAGACCUGACACAGCGUUUCCCUCCCGAUGAAGCAAGCGAACUUCCUAUGGGAAAGCCCAAUAACAUUCGGAGGACUCCUAGAGCCAGAGGUAUCGAAUCUGUCGAUUAUAUUCACUCUGGCAGUAGUCAUAUCACAGACCAUCUCGCCAUGUUUACCAUGUUGUUCCCUCCGCCGCCCGGCCGUCCAGACUAUGUAUCGCCUCCCCAAUCCAGUCCCGGGAUACCCUUCGUGCCCCCAAAGGAGGAGAAAGCUAUGUUAUACCUUCCUGUACUCAAGGUGUCCUCAACCACCAUGAUUGAGGGGACACUGGCCCAUACAACGCUUAUACAGAGCUUCCGCAACCCUUCACAAAUGACCAUCAGCGAGGCGCGACACAUGUUCCCGUUGUAUGACGGUGCUGUUGUCACUGAAUUCGAGUGUACUAUUGGUGACGAGCGCCGCCUUCGAGGCGUUGUCAAGUCAAAGGAACAAGCUCGAAAAGAGUACAAAAAGGCAGUACAGGAGCAGGCCAAGGCUGCUGCAAUCCUCGAAGAGCACACACCAGAAAUGUUCGAGACUUCACUUGGCAACAUCCCUCCCAUGACUACUGUCGAGAUUAAAAUAGUUUAUAUUCAAGAGCUUAGGGUGGUCAUGAUGGACGGCGAAGCUACUGAGGGGGUAGCGUUUAUUGUUCCAACAUCUAUUGCACCUCGCCACGACAAGUCCCGGUCAGCAUCAGAAAUCACCCGCGAUGGACUGGAUAUCAAGAUCAGGAUCUUAAACGAUGGCAAGGUCAACCCUGAUGGUUGCCAGGAAGAGUCGGGGCAUGAGGUAUACUAUGAUGGGUCACGAGUGAUGGAACCUCCACAGAAAUUCGAUGGUAAUGGAGAACAGUCCCCUCAGGAGUACUAUUGCUGGGAUCACCAUUCCGAUCAAUCAACUAUGACGAAGGAUUUUGUGUUUGUCAUUCAGAUGCGAAAGGGUCAUGAAGUACAGUCGCAAGCUAUUUUGUGUCCGCCUGACGACGCGGGAUUAGCCGCCAUGAUGGUGAGCGUUCGCCCAAAUGAUCUGUUCCGAAAUGCCAUCAUUCCCCAGUCCUUCUCGGGAGAAAUUCUAUUUUUGCUUGAUCAAUCAGGUUCUAUGAGAUGCGGGGGCAGGUUUUCCUCUGAUGGCGGUCUUAAUACACGAAAGAUCGAUAUACUACGGGAAGCAAUGCUCCUGGUGAUCUCGGGUCUCCCCAAGACAUGUUCUUUCAACAUAAUCUCUUGGGGCUCAGAAACAUGGGCAAUGUGGGAACAUUCCAGGAAACACUCACCCGAUAACAUCAAUGAAGCCAAAGAGUAUAUCUCUCAAAUCCAGGCGAACUUGGACGGAACAGACCUUCUUCGGGCGUUGAAAUCUGCAGUUCAACGGCGGCAAGUCGAUAGUAACUCAACACAGAUUGUCGUUCUUACAGAUGGCGAAUUGGAUCCAAAUGAACCCAUGUCAUUCGUUUGGAAGACUCGCCAAGAACUACAGAAUAAAAUCCGGUUCUUUGCCCUAGGUAUUGGCGGCAAUGUGCCACAUAGUCUCAUUGAGGGCAUUGCAGAUCUUGGAGGUGGUUUCGGUGAUAUCAUUGAUACUACCAAGAACCCGAGGUGGCAUAACCGGUUGAAUCGACUAUUCAAGUCCUCAUUGGAGCCAGAUAGCUGGGAUUGCGAUAUUGAUAUCGGGCAUGAGUUUGAACAGCACAGCCUUGUGGAUUUCAGACUCAACAAAGAUACCUCGGGUACGCAGCGAGUGCCCUACUUCCAAGCUCCCCAUACCAUUACCACUCUUCACCCAUUCAAGUUUACGUCAAUUUUCUUCCUGAUAAAGGUCAGGGAUGAUGGUGUUAUGCCGAGCGAUAUCACCAUUACCACCACGACAAAGGGAGCAAAGAAGAAGGUUUACAAACUUUCAGUCUCACAGACGACAGGACGAGAUGGAACAAUGCAUCGACUGGCAGCCAAAGCCGCACUGGUAGAUCUGGAAGACUUGGUCAAAAACGAGUCCUCCAGCUCGCCUCUAGUUGAAGAAAAUGCUCAGACCAUCGGUACUACGUACUCUAUCACCAGCAAGUGGACGAGCUUCGUAGCAGUUCCCCAGGAUGAACCAACUACGACUACUACAGAGGGUACCAUGAUGGAGCAUUACAAAGCAAUGUAUGAAGAUGUUGGUUUCGAGGAACUUCUGGCGACAGCGGAUUUGGACAGAGAUGGUGAUACAAAAGAUGUUCGUGGCCUAGGCGCCGUGGACUAUGCCCUUGUACGCAGGCAAAAUUCCACUUUUCUCUAUGGGUCAACCGCAAAGUUCAAGAGUCGGCGAGGCCCGCCCGGGCUCUUGUCAGACAUAUCCAACAAGUUUUCAACCGUUGAUGAAAGACCUUCUAGUAGCGAAACCAUGGUUCGUAACGCUUUAUGCUCGGAUGCCAUACCUCCGCAAGGGGGAGGCGAAGCCUCAAGGAGUGAAGUUGAAACGGUAUCCAACAAGGAAAGAGCCGUGUCGCCGGAUGCGGAUGAGCAAAUACCAAGCUUACGAUCAGUAGCGGAUCCAAGAGCCUCACCAAGCCCAAUGGAUCUACUGCGACAACAAUCGAUGUUUCCAGAUAUGCAGUUGUCUCUAGAUAUGUCACUCGACUCUCUGCCGGACUCUUCUGAUCUCCAGAGCGCGCCGCUCGCUACGACGCUUGAUUAUCCUGAAUUGGCAGAAACCUCUACAUCAGAAAGAAGUGGAAACGAGAGCCGAUCGAGAGACCAAGCGAUCAUGGAAAAGGCACGUGAACUACAUGCUGCCCGUAUAACAAGGCAGCGAGACGGUGGUGCAUCUUCAUCGGACCUUUCCAAUGCCAACUUCCGGAUGAAUAGAAGGCCACGCGCCCGUCGACAAAAAAUACUUCCGUCACACUUGCCACCACCGCUGGAAUCGCCUCAGGCUCACCCCCAAGACGUGAGGGACAAGGAGGAACGUGCGAUGGCGUCACCUCGAGAAGUUAUUGAUCCUCUCAACUGGAAAGUCGCCGUUGAAUAUCAGAAUGGACAAAGCUUAUUCGAGCUACCUGAGUCGGCAAGGGGGUUACUACAUCUUCACUUCUGUCCCGACACAGUACUUGCGGCUAUCGAAAAGCUGAAUUCACUCUUGCCCAGUCAAGAGAGAUCUCAAGGGGCAUCUGAGGCGGUGGUCAUCGACACGAUCAUGACGAUUCUGUGCUAUCAAACCCACCUAGCACUUGAGGAAGAUCUCUGGGAUCUUAUGAUGGAAAGGGCACGAGACGCUGUUACAGAAACCAUCGGACAGGAAAUCUUGGAAACCAUCGAAGAAUUUCUUACUGCAUCUAUGAUGCAUAAACAUUAUACAGUCGUGGUGGGAGGAAAUGGUAGUGAAGGUGGACAAUCAACAGGCACGGCCACAUGCUCUGUCUGUAAUGUUCAAUGGCAAAGUUUGCGAACAUUCUUUUGCCCUUUUGACCACGAGCCUGACAUGCCUCAUGUCUUUCAGGAAUGGGUAGAGUUUUGGGAACAUCAGAAGGAGAAGGGACAUAUGGGUUGUCCUAGAGAGUGA